UCUCCCUGUGCGCCGCACACCCACACACACCCGUGCCUCACGCUCGAUCCCCUCUCCCUAUCGUCUUCCUCCUGCGCUGCCACACGCAGAGAGGAGCAGAGCUUUGCGCCCGGCCUCCGCAACACCAUCGGGGCAGCCAACUCCGAUGCGCCACUCCCUUCGCCAACUGCCGAGCGCCUCCCUCACUUGCGGCCUCCUCCUCGUCGCCCCGCGCCUCCCCGAGAUCCACCUCCACCUCGACUAGCGUCAUCCCAUCCGCGCCAUCUCCUCUGCUUCGUCCAGGAGACGAGGGACACGCCUCGUCCCGCUCCUACGUGUUGACCACCACGGACCGCGACGAGCUCCACGCCCUGCCUCGCCUCCUGCCUCCCGCGCGCCCUGCUACGUGCGUGCGUGGCCGCGCCUUGCUGUUGCUGCUGCUACUCCGUGCUCUGCCUCCAAGCCGAGCUCUUCGCCGUUGCCCGCUGCUGCUCGUCCGCUGACCCCGGCCUCCAGCCAUCGCGCAUCGCCUCUGCCUCUGGUGGCCAUGCUGCCUUCUUCCUCUCCUCUUCUUGUGUUCCUUCCUCGCGCACGAAUGGGUAGACGCGCCUAUGCCCAUCCUUCUGCCUGCAGCGCGCCAUGGCCCUCCUGAGGCCAUCACCGUGCAACACCUCGUUGGCCUCCUUUUGUCGCGAUGCCGCUGCCUUCCUGCGUCCCCCUGACCCCAGUAUCUCAAGCUCCACUCGCCACGAGCGAUGCUCUGUCCCACAAGUAGCUGCAAGCUCCGCCCUUUCCCAACCUUGCCGUGGCCUCCCUGCACCUCUGCUGAUGAGGUUUUGGAUCGCCAUCAGGUGCAGAGCCAGGAUAAAAACCGAGAGGGGGCAAAGAGGUAUACGAUUUUUUUUCAGAAACAUAUAUACGAACUAAUAGGUAGAUCAUUUAAAAAACCAACCUCACAAGGAUACAUAUAAUGUGUAAGAAGCAAAAUUGUAUACUUUCUUAUAAGAUAAUAUCAUCACACACGUAACUAUGACAAGUUCAUUGCCAAAAUAAAAGUAAACUAACCACUUAAGACAGAAAAACUCGCGAAGUAUGAAUAUGUCGUUCCUUUAAAGUGAUUUCUAGCCUUCAAGCUCCAGCAAGAAAAAAAAUCAUUGUUAAAUACAAAGAGAAUGUAAGCAUUGACAGAUAAAAAUAUAAGCUUUAGCACAUUACCGAGUAAGCUUGUUUAGAUGGACUAUUUCAAGCAUACUGGAUUUUGCAAAAAAUCUCUCUAUUAGCUUUCCUGUCAUUGUCAAAUAGUUAAACAAUAAAUAGAUUGUGUUGGAAUGAGUCUGCAGGCCCACGUACUUCUCCAACUAAUCACGACCGGCAUGCCUCGCCUGCCUCCUAGCUUCUAGGGUAGAUAGUGGGAGUCUGUUAGUUGGUUAGACAAGUACGGGUGUGCGUUGUGGUGUUGUAAUCUGUAUAUAUAUGAUCUGAAGCUCAAUACAAAACAGUGCGUUCAGUCUCUACAUGGUAUCAGAUACUUCCACGAUCUCCUUCCUCGCUUCCGCUCCUCGAUGGAUCUCUCUGAUCUCUCCUCCGCCGGCUCCGGCUCCGGCACAAACCCCUUCGGCGAUCCACCCUCCGCCGGCCCCUCCGUGCCUCUCCACCUCAUCCUCUCUCUCAACAUCGCCUCCGCCAUGCCCGUCACCCUAGAGCUGCACCCCCCCCCCAACUACACCACCUGGAGCUCCUUCCUCCAUGCCCUUCUCAUGUCCUACAACAUCCAGGACCAUGUCAAUGGCACUGUUGACGCCCGGAACCGGCUCACCGACGCCGUUUGGACGCAGGUCGACUGGUGUAUCAUCCGGUGGCUUCUCGGCUCCAUCUCCGCCCAAGUUCGGGGGGCGGUCAACCACCGGAACCCCACGGCGUACACGCUCUGGACGGCGAUCCGGCAGCUCUUCCUCUCUAAUCGGAAUCAGCAGGGUAUUCUCGCUCUGGAGGAGUUCCACGGCCUGCAUCAAAACGAUCUCUCCAUCACCGAUUACUUCACCCGCCUCCAGACCCUCGCCGACACGCUCUUCGACUGCGGGAUGCCGGUGACCGAUCGCGGCCUCGUCUCCAACAUGCUCCGCGGGCUCUCCAACAAGUUCGCCCACGCCAUCUCUACAAUGACGUAUGACGACUCCAAGCUGCCCACGUUCCUGCAAGCACGCACUUACCUCCUCCAGGAAGAGCGCCGCAUCGAUCACGCUGCCUCCCACGAGUCCGCGACUGCGCUCUACGCCGGGCGCCCUCCGGCUCCACCGCCUCCUACCCCUUCUGCUCCGCCAUCUGCUGUGCCCUGUCUACCUAGUGGCAACGGCGCCCAUGGCGUUCCAGGCGGCGCCAGUGGUCAUGCGGGCAACGGCGGCGGGCAGCGCGGCCGCAAGCGCCGCAAGGGCGGCAACGGCGGCGGCCAAGGUGGCCACGGCGGGGCCCCUCCACCACAGGCUGCGCCACCUCUGCCUGCGUACGUGGCACGUCCGCCGUCCUACGGCCACGCCGGCGUCAACCCCUGGACCGGCACGUUCAACGCAUGGCCCGUGACGAUGCGCCCAUCUGCUGCACCUACAGCUGGUCUGCUCGGCCCUCGUCCUCCGCUUGGGCUUGCUGCGACAACCUACAGCGCCGGCCCGCCACCAGCCGCCGCACCGGUCCCAUGGGACACCAGCGCCCUUCAGGCCGCCCUUCUCGCCAUGCAGCAGCAGCCCUACUCCGGCGGCGGUGACUGGAUCCUCGACACCGGUGCGUCGUCACAUAUGGCAGGCAACCCCGGACCUUCGCACUGGGACGGUGGUGCUCCGAUGUAAUAGCGGCGGCGAUCUUUAUCAUCUCACCUCCGGCGCUACUGCUUCUCCCACUGCCUUUGUCGCCCUCACCGCUGAUUUAUGGCACCAAAGGCUUGGACAUCCCGGACGUGCUGCUUUAUCACAUGUUUUAGACAACUUUGAUUUCCAUUGUAAUAAAGCUACCUCACAUACUUGCCAUGCCUGUCAGCUAGCCAAACAUGUACGCUUGCCUUUCAGUGCAUCAAAUAAUAUUGCGCCGUUCGCC